AUGGCCACCAUCGAAAACUCAGCUGACGUUGAAGCUGUAAAAAACUUGAACUAUACAGGAAAGGCUUGGAUUGGCCUCUAUGAUGAAUUGGUAAACAGCUGGAAGUGGUCUCUAAGCAACAGCAGCUUCUAUGGGGAAGGAGCGUCAACAUUUAGAAACUGGGACAGUGCAGAACCUACCAAUAUUGGUGGAAUAGAGAACUGUGUUGUGUUGUAUUCCUCCACGGGGAAAUGGCACGACUACCCCUGCAGCAGCACAUUUCACUUUGUCUGCUACAAUGCCCCUAAAAAUCCAGAAGGCUUCAGAUUACUGAGACAAGAUGAGAGCAGCAUCACUCUGCAGUGGAAUAGAGUCAACAGCAGCAUCAGUUUCAUUCUCCAGUUUAGCGGCACAGAGACAAACAUCAGAGCAUCAGAUGGAGAUGGACCAGUGAACUACACAGUAUCAUCUCUCUCUGCUGGAGCCAAAUACAGAUUCACUCUCUUCUCUGUGUUUGAGAGCAUCAGAAGCAGUGGAGUCAGCAUUGCAGCAGCGACUGCCCCCCAAAAUGCAGAAAGCUUCACAUCACUGAGACAGGAUGAGACCAGCAUCACUCUGCAGUGGGAUGUUGUCAAUAACAAUGUCAGCUUCAUCCUCCAAUAUAAUGAAACAGAGUUGAAUAUAACACCACCUGCUGGACAACAACCAUUACUUCUGACAGUUUCAUCUCUCACUCCUGGAACCAGAUACACAUUCACUCUCUUCUCUGUGUUUGAGAGCAUCAGAAGCAGUGGAGUCAGCAUUGCUGCAGUGACUGCUCCUGAAAGUGCAGAGGGCUUCAGAGCAUCAGGACAAAAUGAGAGCAGCAUCACUCUGCAGUGGAAUAAAGGAGACAACAGAACCAGCUUUGUUCUCCAGUUUAACGGGUCAGAGACAAACAUCAGUUCACCAGAUGGAGAUGGACCAGUGACACAUACAGUCACAUCUCUCACUGCUGGAACCAGAUAUACAUUCAUACUCUACCAUGUGUUUAUGAAUGUUAGAAGCAGGGCUGUAAACAUCACGGUUGCUACUGCUCCAACAAAUGUCGAAGGUUUGAGAGCAUCAGAUCAAGAUGAGAGCAGCAUCACUCUGCAGUGGAAUAAAAUCAACAACAGCACCAGCUUUGUUCUCCAGUUUAAUAGAUCAGAGACAUUCAUCAGUUCACCAGAUGGAGAUGGACCAGUAACUCACACAGUAUCAUCUCUCACUGCUGGAACCAGAUACACAUUCACUCUCUUCUCUGUGUUUGAGAGCAUCAGAAGCAGUGGAGUACAAUUUCAAGCUGUUACUGCUCCUAGAAACACAGAAGCUGUGAGAGCAUCAGGUCAAGAUGAGAGCAGCAUCACUCUGCAGUGGAAUAAAAUCAACAACAGCACCAGCUUUGUUCUCCAGUUUAAUGGAUCAGAGACAAACAUCAGUUCACCAGAUGGAGAUGGACCAGUGAACUACACAGUUUCAUCUCUCACUGCUGGAACCAGAUACACAUUCACUCUCUUCUCUGUGUUUGAGAGCAUCAGAAGCAGUGGAGUACAAUUUCAAGCUGUUACUGCUCCUGAAAAUGCAGAAGCUGUGAGAGCAUCAGAUCAAGAUGAGAGCAGCAUCACUCUGCAGUGGAAUAAAAUCAACAACAGCACCAGCUUUGUUCUCCAGUUUAAUGGAUCAGAGACAAACAUCAGUUCACCAGAUGGAGAUGGACCAGUGAACUACACAGUCUCAUCUCUCACUGCUGGAACCAGAUACACAUUCAAUCUCUUCUCUGUGUUUGAGAGCAUCAGAAGCAGUGGAGUACAACUUACUGCUGUCACUGCACCUAAAAAUGUCGAAGGUUUGAGAGAAUCGGAUCAAGAUGAGAGCAGCAUCACUCUGCAGUGGAAUAAAAUCAACAACAGCACCAGCUUUGUUCUCCAGUUUAACGGAUCAGAGACAUUCAUCAGUUCACCAGAUGGAGAUGGACCAGUGAACUACACAGUCUCAUCUCUCACUGCUGGAACCAGAUACACAUUCACUCUCUUCUCUGUGUUUGAGAACAUCAGAAGCAGUGGAGUCAGCAUUGCUGCAGUGACUGCUCCUGAAAAUGCAGAGGGCUUCAGAGCAUCAGGACAAAAUGAGAGCAGCAUCACUCUGCAGUGGAAUAAAGGAGACAAAAGCACCAGCUUUGUUCUCCAGUUUAACGGCACAGAGACAAACAUCAGUUCACCAGAUGGAGAUGGACCAGUGAACUACACAGUUUCAUCUCUCACUGCUGGAACCAGAUACACAUUCACUCUCUUCUCUGUGUUUGAGAACAUUAGAAGCAGUGGAGUACAAUUUGAAGCUGUUACUGCCCCCCAAAAUGCAGAAAGCUUCACAUCACUGAGACAGGAUGAGACCAGCAUCACUCUGCAGUGGGAUGUUGUCAAUAACAAUGUCAGCUUCAUCCUCCAAUAUAAUGAAACAGAGUUGAAUAUAGCACCACCUGCUGGACAACAACCAUUACUUCUGACAGUUUCAUCUCUCACUGCUGGAACCAGAUACACAUUCAUACUCUACCAUGUGUUUAUGAAUGUUAGAGGCAGGGCUGUAAACAUCACUGUUGCUACUGCUCCUGAAAAUGCAGAGGGCUUCAGAGCAUCAGGACAAAAUGAGAGCAGCAUCACUCUGCAGUGGAAUAAAGGAGACAACAGCACCAGCUUUGUUCUCCAGUUUAACGGAUCAGAGACAUUCAUCAGUUCACCAGAUGGAGAUGGACCAGUAACUCAUAUAGUCUCUUUUCUGACUGCUGGAACCAGAUACACAUUCACUCUCUUCUCUGUGUUUGAGAGCAUCAGAAGCAGUGGAGUACAAUUUCAAGCUGUUACUGCUCCUAGAAACACAGAAGCUGUGAGAGCAUCAGAUCAAGAUGAGAGCAGCAUCACUCUGCAGUGGAAUAAAAUCAACAACAGCACCAGCUUUGUUCUCCAGUUUAACCGAUCAGAGACAUUCAUCAGUUCACCAGAUGAAGAUGGACCAGUAACUCACACAGUCUCAUCUCUCACUGCUGGAACCAGAUACACAUUCACUCUCUACUCUGUGUUUGAGAGCAUCAGAAGCAGUGGAGUACAACAUACAGCUGUAACAGCCCCCCAAAAUGCAGAAAGCUUCACAUCACUGAGACAGGAUGAGACCAGCAUCACUCUGCAGUGGGAUGAUGUCAAUAACAAUGACAGCUUCAUCCUCCAAUAUAAUGAAACAGAGUUGAAUAUAGCACCACCUGCUGGACAACAACCAUUACUUCUGACAGUUUCAUCUCUCACUGCUGGAACCAGAUACACAUUCACUCUCUUCUCUGUGUUUGAGAACGUCAGAAGCAGUGGAGUACAACUUACAGCUAUCACUGCACCUAAAAAUCCAGAGGGCUUCAGAGCAUCGGAACAAGAUGAGACCAGCAUCACUCUGCGAUGGAAUAAAGUCGGCAUCAACACCAGCUUUGUUCUGCAGUUUAACGGCACAGAGACAAACAUCAGAGCACCAGAUGGAGACGGACCAGUGAAACACACAGUCACAUCUCUGACCGCUCGUACAAACUACACAUUCACCCUGUUCUCUGUGUUUGAAAAUGCCAGAAGCAGUGGAGUCAGCAUACUUGCAGCUACUGGGCCAAAUUAUGUUUUGGGAUUGAAUUUGAAGUUGGAGCUUCUUGGAGAAAUGUCAGAAUCAGAGCUAGAAGACGCUCUGAUAGAGCUCUUCAGGAAAUAUAAUCUGCCGCCACAGUUUACUCUGAAAAUCAUUUCUUCCAAACCAUGAAAUCACCGAUGGAAUCAAAUUCUGGAUAAUUCAUCUGUAACUUUGUUUCCUUUCCCUGAAAUAACAUGAAGUUUAUUUUAUGUACCAAUUUCAUAAUUCUGGGAUGUUGUCAUUUUACAGAUUUGAUUUUCUUUUGCUUGAUAUUUUAACCUGUUUUUGUUCACCAAUAAUUUGAUUUAUAUAUGUUUUUUUUUCAUAAAUCAUUUGUGUACAUUUCUUCUGUGAUUUCUAUUGCCUUUAAAUAAAGUUUUGGGUAUAAAUGAAGUGGUUAAUUUUUAUUGGAAAAGUAGUCUUGGACAAAAUACCAAGAGCUGCAUGCAAAAUCUAACAAAAAAUAAAA